AUGGCCUUCAAGGAUGCUUUUGACGCUUUAAUUGAUAAAAAUAAAACUUUAGCAAACGUACAAAAGUUCUUUUAUCUUAAAUUAUCGGUCACAGGAGUUGCCUCAGAGGUGAUAGCAGAUUUAGAGGCCACGGAUAGUAAUUAUAAUGUUGCAUGGAAACUUUUACAAGACAGGUUUGAGAACAGAAAGUUGAUUUGUCAUACUCAUGUUAGAGCAAUUUUUGAAUUACCAACAAUUUCAAAAGAAGCAUCUUCCAAUUUACAAAGAUUGGUAGAUGACUUUCAGAAGAAUAUCAGAGCAUUGAAUAACUUAGGUGAACCUACUGAUCAGUGGAGUACUUUAUUGGUAUAUCUUGUAUCAUCUAAAUUAGAUAUAAACACGCAAAAAGAAUGGAAUAGAGAAUCAUCCAAACUUACUCAGCCAACAAUUAAAGAACUCAUGCAAUUUCUUACGGAAAGGUGUCAUUUUCUAGAAUCAAUUGAGUCAAAUAGAAAAAUUUCGGUCAGGCCACAAGAAAAAACAUUAGCGCAUUUUUCCCAAAACCUUUCAUGCUUUCUUUGCAAGGGUGCACAUUAUUUAUACACUUGUAAAAAAUUCCUUGAUUUGUCAGAAAAAUCUCGCUACAAUGAAGCCGCAAAAUUAGGAUUAUGCAUUAAUUGCCUAAGAAAGGGUCAUAAAUUGUCAGAUUGCAAGUCAAGCGGUUGUAGAAAGUGCAAUAAAAAACACAAUUCGCUACUUCAUUUCGAGAAAACCGAAAAUUCAAACACUUAUGUUGCUAAUGGCACCACUGAACAAGCUAGCUUGAACAUGUUAUCAUUCGUGGCACCUUCGUCACGAUUACAGGGUGCAACAACCGAAUCAGUCUCAAUUGCGAUGCAUUCGGAAUCGAGACAAGUGGGAAAAGAACCAUACGUUCUUUUGUCUACAGCGAUUGUCAAUGUUAUUGGCAAUAGCGGAAACUUUGAAAACGCUAGAGUCAUUUUAGAUGCAGGCUCACAGAGCAACUUUAUGACGAGAGAACUAUGCUCGAGAUUGAAUUUACCUGUAAGGAAAGAUGAUAUAAAGGUCAUUGGUUUAAAGAGUGCUACAUCUAAUGCAUGCCUGAGAACAACAGCCACAAUAAAAUCUUCAACAAGUAAUUUUUCAGUAAAAUUAUCAUUUUUAGUAGUUAACAAAAUCACGGAAUGUAUUCCCACGGUCUCAUUUGAUGCCAGUAAAUUAGAAAUUCCUGAAUCGGUAACAUUAGCCGAUCCUACCUUCAAUGUUUCAAAUCAGAUAGACGUAUUAAUUGGCGCGGAAAUAUAUCAUGAUUUAUUAGAAAUAGGAAGAAUAAAGUUGGGUACUGGUAAGCCUACCCUGGUGAAGUCGAGGCUAGGGUGGAUUUUGUCAGGUCCGAUUUUAUUUCAUGAUCCAAAACAGACAAGGCAUUGUAACUUGUCUUCUAAUCAAGCUGUUCAGAACAUACUAGAACAAUUUUGGCAUAUUGAAGACGUGGAAAUUCCAUCAGUUCGUAAGGAAUCUGAAUGUGAACGCAUAUUCAGGGAAACUUCAAACACAAACGAAUCAGGCCGAUAUGUAGUUCAGCUUCCUAUGGUAAAUUCAGGUCUGAGGUUGGGCAAUUCAUUGGACACGGCGAUUUCCCGAUUUUAUGCGUUGGAAAGAAAAUUGAACAGAGACCCAGAAUUGCAUAGGAGAUAUCACGAUUUCAUGACAGAGUACCUAUUGUUGGGACAUAUGUCUGAGUUGACUGAAUCACAAAUUGGGGAUCAAAUUGAACAGAUGAUAUUUUAUAUGCCACAUCAUGGUGUCCUAAAGGAGGACAGUAUUACGACGAAAUUGAGGGUUGUUUUCGAUGCCAGCGCGAAAAGUGGUAAUGGAGUAUCUCUGAACAACGUGUUAUUAGCAGGUCCAUGUAUACAGGAAGAUAUAUUCAGCAUUCUUCUCAGAUUCAGAAAACAUAAUUUUGUCAUGAUCGCUGAUAUCGAGAAAAUGUAUCGGAUGAUCGAGGUCUGGGAAUCGCAAAAGGACCUUCAGCGUAUAGUUUCGCGAUUUAAUUCCAGCCAACCGAUUUCCCAUUACCGUCUCAAUACACUAACGUAUGGCACAAGUCCUGCUAGUUUCAUUGCUACCAGAUGCCUACAUGAAUGCGCUUUCGAAAAACGCGAAUCUUUUCCGGAGUCCGCAGAGGUUGUCCUCUCAGACUUCUAUGUCGAUGAUUUGAUCACCGGAGCCAAUACAGUCCACGAAUCAAUCACAUUGAAACACGAAAUUUCAAGCAUGUUGAGUGCACAUGGGUUCAAUUUGAGAAAAUGGGCUAGUAACGACAUGUCCAUACUUGAAAGCGAUCGUGAGAAAAAUCAAGGAUCUGAACAUUUUAUUGCGAAGGAUGCCAGCCAUAAAACCUUAGGCGUUCAAUGGCAGUCUGAUUCAGAUACCUUGCAUUAUAAGAUCAAUUUAAAAUGUAACAAGAACGUCAAUAAACGAACAAUUUUAUCCACCAUAGCAUAA